AUGGCUGCCGUUCCAGUAAUCUUCUCGGAGGCAAUCAACCUCCAACAACUUGGAGUUCCAGAAACUUCGAUCAAGCAUGGAUUGACCACAAUGGAAUCCGAUAAGUGGAUUAUUUGUGUCGAGCCUAGCCAAGUGACCAUGAUUGAUCUUCGCAACGGUGCACAAGUCACUCGUCGUCCAAUUCAAGCAGAAGCUGCCAUCAUGAACCCGGAGCAAAAUAUUCUUGCUUUGAGAUCUGGAACCACGCUUCAGAUCUUCAAUCUAGAAGCAAAGGCCAAGCUAAAAUCCCACAAUAUGCCAGAGCCUUUGGUUUUCUGGAAGUGGUCUAGUCCAACAAACUUGGCAUUGGUGACUGCUACUUCCGUUUACCACUGGGCAUUGGACGCACAGUCCGCUCCCGUUAAAGUGUUUGAUCGCCACGCUACACUUGGAGCCAAUACCCAAAUCAUCAAUUACAAAGUGUCUCCUGAUAACAAGUGGUGUCUGUUGGGUGGCAUUUCUGCUGGCGCUGGGGGUAUGGUCAACGGAAACAUGCAAUUGUUCAGUAUGGAGCGAAAAGUGUCACAACCACUUCAAGGUCACGCUGGAAGUUUCGCUACAAUCAAGGUUCCUGGCCGAGAAGAUGCGCAAAUCCUUGUGUUUCACGAAAAGAAGGCUGAGGCACCACAAGAGCCACCAAAACUGUAUAUCAAGGAAAUUGGACGCGACCCAGCAAAAGGAGCGCCCUUUGGUGUUCAACCGGUUGUCAUCCCAGUGCCUGCCGAUGCGAUGGCUGACUUCCCUGUCAGUCUUGCCAUCGAUCAAAAAAACGAGGUUGCCUUCUUGCUGACAAAGAUGGGAUACGCAUACAUGUUUGACUGCCACACUGGAAAGACCAUGUACCGCGCCAAGGUCACUUCCGACACCAUCUUUGUCACUUGCCCACAAGACUCUACUGGAGCUAUUUUUGGAAUUACUGUUCGCAAGGGGUCAGUCUUCCGUCUGCAACUCAACGGACAAGCCUUGGUUCCCUACAUUGUCCAAACUCUUCGUGACACUGAUCUUGCUUUGAAGGUCGCCGGGCGCCUGAAUUUGCCAGGAGCAGAGAAUCUUUUUGCCGCCGAGUUUGAGAGACUCAUCAGCACUGGACAAGUGGCAGCAGCAGCCAAAGUAGUUGCUGCUAGCGGAAAUGCUCUGAGAACACCAGCGACUAUUGCUCGAUUUCAACAGAUUCCUGCCGAGCCAAAUGCUGUUCCACCAGUCUUGCAAUACUUCUCUACACUUUUGGAAACUGGUCGUUUGAACGAGCAAGAGAGUAUUGAGGUUGCUAAGCCUGUCUUGCAACAAGGAAGACUUCAACUGAUGGAGAAAUGGCUGAAGGAUGACAAACUCCAAUGCUCCGAAGCCCUUGGUGAUCUAAUCAUGCCAAGAGACGCUGGUAUGGCUUUGAGUGUGUACCUUCGCGCCGAAGUUCACGCGAAGGCUAUCCAAUGCUUUGUCCAACGAGGUGAAUACGACAAGAUUGUUCCAUACUCCACCAGUGUGGGCUUUCAGAUGGACUACACUACCAUGCUGAGCCAGCUUCUCUUCAACAAUCCUCAAGGGGCUCUUGAUCUCGCAAAGGGACUUGUUAGCGCCGAAGGUGGCCCAAUGAUUGAUAUCCAACAGACAGCUGAAGCAUUCCUUAGUAGCAACCGCAUUCAAGAAACCACUGCUUUCCUUUUGGAAGCCUUGAAGGACAACAAACAAGAACAUGGCUACCUACAAACCAAACUUCUUGAAAUUAACUUGAUCGGAGGUGCACCUCAGGUUGCCGAUGCCAUUAUGCAGCAAGGAACUCUUACUCACUACGACCGUGCUCAUGUCGCCAAGCUUUGUGAGCGAGCUGGUAUGUGGCAACGCGCUGCCGAGCAUUACAGCGACAUUGCUGAUAUCAAGAGAGUCUUCAAGAACAGCCACCAAAUGAGCUCCGAAUUCGUUGUCAGUUACUUUGGACAGCUCAACAGAGAACAAAGCAUUACCCUAUUGAAGGAUAUGAUGAGCCGUGGUCCUCAAAACAUGCAAGUCUGCGUGGAAAUUGCCAAGAAAUACCACGAAGAGCUUGGAUCCGAGCAACUUGUUGAGGUUUUUGAACAGAACCGUGCCACUGAAGGUCUCUAUUACUACCUUGGAGCGAUUGUCAACUUCUCGGAAGAUGCAUUUGUCCACUUCAAGUACAUCCAAUCUUCGUGUAUGUUGGGACAAUUCAAGGAGGCCGAACGAGUCUGUCGAGACUCUAAUAUUUACAACGCUGACGAAGUCAAAGCAUAUUUGAAGGGAGCGAAGUUGCCCGAUCCUCGCCCUUUGAUUCACGUUUGCGACCGAUUCGAUUUUGUUGAUGAGCUAACCGAGUACUUGUAUUUGAACAGUCUUUUGCAAUACAUUGAGGUUUACGUAACCAAGGUGUCUCCAACUAAGACUCCUCAAGUUGUCGGAAAACUUUUCGAUCUGGGAGCGAACGAAGACUUUAUCAAGAGAAUCUUGAUGGCUGUUGGCACCGCUUGUCCCGUUGAAGAAUUGGUCGAGAUUGCUGAGACCAGAAAUCGCCUCAGAAUGUUGCAACCUUGGCUCGAAGCUCGUGUGGCGACUGGAAGCACCGAACCUGGAACACACAAUGCUCUGGGAAAGAUCUACAUCACUCUUAACCGUGAGCCAAAGUCUUUCUUGCUUAACAACAUGUUCUACGAACCAAAAGUGUUGGGUCCAUAUUGCGAAUCGCUUGAUCCCCAACUCGCUUUCAUUGCCUACAAGAAGGGGGCUGGUGAAUGUGAUGACGAACUCAUCAAGAUCAGUAAAACUCAUGGACUUUACCGAGAUCUUGCCAAGUAUCUUGUUGAACGUCAAGACUUGGAACUUUGGGCCAAGGUUUUGAACAAGGAAGAAGGAGAAGACGAAGAGGACACAUCCCGACGCCAAUUGAUUGACCAAAUCGUCGAAUGGGCCCUUCCCGAGAGUACCUCUGCUGACGAAGUCUCCUGCACUGUCAAGGCUUUCAUGGCUGCUGAUAUGCCAGGUGAACUCAUCAGUCUGCUUGAGCGUGUUGUCCUCCAAGGGUCGGACUUUUCCGAUAACAAGAAUCUUCAAAACCUUCUUAUCCUCACUGCUAUCCGUGCUGAUACCACUCGUGUAGCGGGAUACAUUGAUCAAUUGGACAAUUUCGAUGCCAAGGAUAUUGCAUUGAUUUGUGUCUCUGAUAGCCACAACCUUUUCGAAGAAGGUUUCAGCAUCUACACCAAGUUUUCGAAGCCCGAGUACACUUCCGACAAGGAGGAGCAAACCGACAUGCAAGUUCUUGCCAUUGGUGUUCUUGUGGACUACAUGAAAGACUUGGAUAGAGCCAAGACUUAUGCCACUCAAUGCGACGAGAAGCCCGUCUGGUCUAAGCUUGGAAAGGCUCAAAUCGAAGGAAAGUUCCCUGCUGAUGCUAUUGAGUCCUACAUCAAUGCCGAUGAUCCAAGUGAAUACGUCAUGGUUUGCAGUGAAGCGAAUGAAGCCGAGAUCUACAGUGAACUCAUCCCAUAUUUGAAAAUGGCCCGAAAGAACAUGCAAGAGAACCUCAUUGAUACUGAGCUAAUCUAUGCCUAUGCAAAGACCAACAACUUGACUGAGUUGGAGCAAUUCGUCUCUGGACCCAAUGUCUCUAAUAUCCAAGCAAUUGGAGACAGAUGUUUCUCGGAGGGUCUGUACCCUGCUGCUAAGAUUCUGUUCGUGAGUAUCAACAACAACUCCAAGUUGGCACUGUGUCACAUCCACUUGGAAGAGUACAGGGAAGCCGUUUCUGCGGCACAAAAGGCCAACAAUGUUUCAACGUGGAAACAGGUAUGCUUUGCUUGCCUCCGAGCAGACGAAUUCAGACUUGCCUCCACUUGCGGUCUUGAGGUUAUCAAGUACCCUGAUCACGUCGACGAGGUUGUGUCCCAUUAUUCGGAUUUGGGUCACUUCGACCACGUUGUUUCCUUGUUCGAGCAAGGACUUGGUCUUGAUGAUGCUCACAUUGGUAUUUUCACAGAAUUGGGUGUUCUUUACACCAAGCACGUUCCUGAGAAAACCAUGGAGCAUUGCAAGGUCUUUUUCAGUAAGCUCAAUGUGUCCAAGGUUGUUCGUGCGUGCGAACGUGCCCGUUUGUGGGACCCUGCUGUCUACCUGUACAUGCAUGAUAAGCAACACGACAAUGCAUUGAAGGUCAUGAUGGAGAGAGCUAACUCUUACGAUAAUGAUUUGUUCUUGGAGUCUGUUAUCAAGGUUCGCAACGCAGAACUGAUGUAUAAGGCUGUCAGCUACUACCUCGAAUAUCACCCAGAUCAAUUUACAAGAUUGAUGGAAGUUACCGAGGAGAACAUUGACCACUCUCGUGUCGUCAGUCAACUUCGACGAACCGGCCCACAUGCUCUUCAACUUGGACAACCUUACCUCAAGAAUGUCCAAAAGCUGAACUUGAGCCCUGUGAACGAAGCACUCAAUGAACUUUACGUUGAAGAUGAAGAUUAUGAAGCACUUCGCAAGUCUAUUGACAGCUUUAACAACUUUAACAUGAUUGCUCUUGCUUCCAAGCUGGCCACACAUGAGCUUCUUGAGUUCCGUCGCAUUUCUGCCUAUGUCUACCGCUGCAACAAGAAGUGGAGUCAAUCGAUCGACCUUUCGAAGAACGACAGAAUGUGGAAGGAUUGCAUUGAUACUGCCAACGAAUCUGGAGACGCUGAGAUCAUUGAGGACUUGUUGAGGUUCUUCUGCGAUUCAUCUGAAAAGGAAUGCUUCUGUGCUGCGUUGUAUACAUGCUUCGCACACAUCAGCCCAGAUGUCGUCAUCGAACUAGGAUGGCUCAACGGAUACCACCAUUUUGUCAUGCCUUUCAUUAUUCAAACUUUCCGUCGCACGCACAAGCGAUUGGAAGCUUUGGAAAAGCGCACAGCACCCCCUCCGGAGGAGAACGCAGCAGACGAAGUUGCUGCUACAUAUGGAAACCUUGGAGGGUUCGGCGGAGGCGUUCUGAUGUUGGAGAACGGCGGUCCUUCUAUGGGAUCUAUGGGAGGAAUGCCAGGUCCACAAGGUGCGAUUGAUAUGAGUGGCUUUGCACAAGCGCAAGGAAUGCCACAACCAGGAAUGAUGCCACCUGGUGGUUUGCCACAACCAGGAAUGAUGCCUCAAAUGGGAGGUAUGGGCAUGGGCAUGGGAAUGUAA